AACGUUACGGCGAUGACAUAGUGCCGCUUCAAAGUGAGAGUGAAAGUGCGCGUCCAUAGGAUUUUCGUGAAUUUGCUAUUGUUGAUAUUCUUCUUUGCGGCUUCGCACACGCGCACUCCCACUCUCACGCGUAACUAUAACGGCACCCUUACAUUAUUUAACUUAAAGAAUUCCACGGAAGAGAAGCAUGUUUAAGGACGCUGGAAGUUGUUGAUUUAGGAAAACAAGAUAAACGUAUUUUUUCCAAGAAUGGGCAAUCAAUUACGCGAAAGUUGAAACAUAUUUUCAAGAACUUCUAAUGUUGCUACAAGUCGGAAAUAGUUGAUGGUACAUCUUGACGUUGCACACGCCAGCGUGGUUAGAAUAAUAUGAAUACGUGAAUUUAAUUAGUAUUGCUUUAUUGUUACUCUCAGAUUUUCUGGAAUUCGAUUGCCAAAAUUAAGAUGUCUACACCGGGAAAGUAUGUGCGUGCUCCGUCGAUUUCCUCUGACGACGACACCGAUGAACUAGCUAGUGCGCAAGGUAUAAGCGGGUUGUAUGUACGUGCUUGCCCUGGACCCAUCAUCGAAGAACUACAGUCCGAAGAAUCUCGUAAUCUGGAUGCACCGGAUAACCAACUGGAACUGGCAAACAAGUUGAAGGAACUUGAAAGCGUCAUCCAAGUACUGCGUAAUCGUAAUGAUAGUCAUCCAGGAAAUUCGUCGACCGUUCUGGCCAGCGCACCGCGUGGAUCAUCUGAUAUUACUGCUACUGAAGGCAAUAUCCGUUGGGACAGCAUCACCCCAUUCCCCAAAAACGUACCAGCCUCCAAAAUGUUUCAUCGAAGACUUUGAACUAGCAUCAUCGCUAUCGAAUGUGAAAAAUCCAAAACGACGUGUUGAGUUGCUCCUGUUGUCCAUGGGCGAGGAGCUAAAAGGCGUCGUUCGGGCCGCCAAGCUGCGCCCAGAUCCGGACAGUGACAAUUGCUACGAGAUCUUCAAGAACAACAUUGAUCGCUACUUGAAGUCCAUGACUGACCCAGCUGCGGAGCAUGAGAGCUUUCUAAACAUGCGUCAGGAAGAUGGAGAAUCCGCUGUUAAUUUCCAUGCAAGACUGUCAAGAAAGGUGCAGCUCUGCGGCUACAGCCCCGACGACCAGGACUGCUUCGUUAGGACUCAGCUUCUAAGGGGGCUCCGUAAUCAGGAACUCAAGAAAGCUGCGAGGAUGUACGGUCACGACUCAAACUUCAUCGUACAGUCGGCCACUCGAGCCGAGGGAUUCCAGGCUGAAGUUACGCCAUCGGCAACGGAAUCCAGCACGUUCACAGUCAGCGCCGGCCAGUAUCGUGGUUCUCAGGACCGAUUCAAACGCAAAGCAGAACAGCAAGAAAAGCGGUUUGGUAAUUCAUCCAAGAGGUUCCGUCCGAACAGAACGGUAGCUGAUGGAGCCAGAGCACAUCCUCGUGUGGAAAUGACUCGUCGGAACAGAUGUCCAAGGUGUUUCCGUUCGUCUCAUAUGGGUUCUGAGUGUCCAGCGAAGUGGAGGAACUGCAAUUCUUGCGGUGCGGUUGGACAUUUUGCGGUGGCGUGUCGCGGUCAUCGUGUGAACGUGGUCAAAGAUGAGGAGGUCUCAACUCGUGCAGCCAUCGAGGAUUCCAAGGAUCAGCAAAUCAAUGCCCUUUCGCUCCAAGAUGUACUGAUUGAUUGCCGCGUCGGUUCAUCUAAUCCGAUCAAGUUCCUGAUAGAUUCGGGUGCAGACGUAAACGUCCUGGGUGGAGCGGAUUGGGACAACUUGGAACAGCAGCUGAGGACAGGUAAGGUUGAACUUAUCCCACUGGAAAGGACCAUCAAUCGGAAUUUGCAAGCGUACGCUUCCAACAAACCAAUGGAAGUCGAACACGCUUUUACAGCUACUGUCGAAGCAGUUGGCGGUACAAAACCACCUGUUACCGCUGAUUUUCUUGUGGUGAGAGCAGGCAAGCGAUCCUUGCUUGGAAGGGUAACAGCCAGCGACAUGGGACUUCUAAAGGUUGGAGGAACGAUCAAUACUUGCGAAUCUGGGAUAUUUCUAAAAAUGCCCGGAGUGAAGGUGAAGUUUAGUGUUGAUGAUUCAAUACCCCCAGUACGCAACGCGUAUUAUAACAUUCCUGCCGCAUACCGCGAGGGCGCACGACGAAGACUUGAGGAAAUGGAGGCACGGGGAAUAAUCGAGAAGGUAACGCAAGCUCCUCAAUGGAUAAGUGGCAUGUCUGCCGUUCCAAAGGGGAAAGAGGACUUCCGUUUGGUGGUAAACAUGCGGGCCCCGAACAAAGCCAUCAAACGGGAGUACUUCAGAAUGCCAUCGAUCGAUGAAAUGAGAAUUAAACUACACGGUGCCAAAUAUUUUUCUAAGUUGGACCUCUCCAAUGCGUUUUACCACAUCAAGUUGAAUGAGGAAUCGCGAGAACUCACGACGUUCCUUUCGGAAAAUGGAAUGUUCCGCUUCACCCGCCUAAUGUUCGGUGUCAAUUGCGCACCGGAGAUAUUCCAGCGAGAAAUGACGCGUAUUCUCAAAGAUGUCAAGAAUAAAAUAGUAUUCAUUGAUGACAUACUCCUGUUCGCCGGGACGAUUGAAGAAUUGAGAAAGACAGUCUCGCAAGUCUUACAAAUCUUGCGGUCGAAUAACCUCUCGUUAAAUACCGAUAAAUGCGAAUUUGAUCGAACAAACAUCAAAUUUCUGGGGCAUGAGCUGAAUGAGAAGGGAUUCAACAUAGAAGAAUCGAAAGUUGGUGAUGUUCGGAAAUUCCGGCGACCGACCACCGCCUCGGAACUAAGAAGUUUCCUUGGGUUGGCUUCAUUCGUGAGCCCAUACAUAAACAAUUUUGCGGACAUUUCUAGUCCAUUGUGGACGGUAGCAUCAUCACAAAAAUGGAGCUGGGGAGAAGACCAGGAGAAAGCUUUUGAGCUUAUCAAAAACCGGAUUAUCCACUCAACGGUUACUCUCGGAUACUUUUCUGAAUAAGAUCGGACAUACCUGUACACGGACGCCUCUCCCCGUGCGCUAGGAGCAGUAUUGGUGCAACAGAAUGAAGACGGGAUUUAUCGAAUCAUUAGUUUCGCUUCCAAGUCGUUGACUACUACGGAAAGGAAAUAUGCCCAGAACCAACCCGAGGCCUUGAGUGCCGUGUGGGCAGUGGAGCACUUCUCCUACUUUUUGUUGGGAAGGCACUUCGUUCUCCGCACGGACGCUCAAGGAAUGGCCUUCAUCUUCAGAAGAACACGCGAGGAUUCAAAAAGGGCUCUGACUAGAGCCGAUGGCUGGGCUUUGCGCCUAAGCCCGUAUGAUUACGACAUCGAGUACAUCCGGGGCCACGAAAACAUCGCCGAUCCCUCAUCACGCCUAUACGACGGGGAGGAUGGGGCUUUUAACGAGGAAGUAAGUCCCUGGGAAAUAUGUAGCUUGAACUCCCAAUCCGUCGACUUCCUAACUGAAGAAGAAAUACGAGAAUCAACGAAGAACGAUGAUACUCUUCUUUUGGUAAACCUUGAAUUUGAUUGUGUUAUCUCGUAAUUUGAAUAAUAUAUGAAUUUAAACCUUUCCUAGGUGAUUUCAUCGUUGGACACCGGCAAGUGGUCAAAAGAUCUAGCGAGAUUCAAAGCUGUUGCAGAAGACUUGCGAUACACGGACGGGAUGCUAAGUAAAAACGGUUGUGCGGUAAUACCUGAAGGUCUUCAGAAGAAGGCGCUGGAGAUAGCACACGCAGGUCAUCCGUUGGAAGCCAAAUUCAAAAGCAUUCUAAGGAGUCGCGUUUGGUGGCCGGGGAUGUCCGGCGACGCUGAGAAGUGGGUCAAAGCGUGCGCCACUUGCGCUGUGAAUGGAAGGCCGGAAAGGCCACCUCCCAUGCAGAGAUCAUUUGCACCCAAAGCUGCUUGGGAGACUAUUGCGCUUGAUUUUAAUGGGCCAUACCUAAAAUUUGGCAACAUAUCAAUUCUAGUAAUAAUUGAUCUGAGGUCCAGGUACGCAAUUGCGCGCCCAGUCAAAUCAACUAAAUUUGAGUACACAAAAGAAGUCUUGGAUUCCGUUUUCGAGAGAGAAGGGUUCCCACGAGCCAUAAAAUCGGACAAUGGUCCACCAUUCAAUGGGGAGGACUAUGCACGUUAUUGCUCAGAACGUGGAAUCCAGGUCAUAUUUUCCACUCCUUUCUAUCCACAGCAAAAUGGCUUGGUGGAAGGGUUUAUGAAAAUCGUAAAUAAGGCAAUGUGCACUGCAGUGUCAACAGGCGCAAACUACUAAAGGGAACUGCAGUCCGCAGUCCAGGCAUAUAAUGCAGCAGACCACUCAAUUACAAAGGUUCCACCCGAGGAAGCGUUAUCAGGGCGCAAAAUUAAGCGUGGUUUGCCGCUUCUUCACUACGGCAAAUCCAAUCACAACGAAGUGGAGCUGGAUGUUCGAGAUCGUGAAGCAAAGUUACUUUCAAAAUCGCGAGAAGAUGCUCGACGGGGAGCCAGAGCAUGCAAAGUUAAGCCAGGCGAUACUGUAAUCGUCGAACGUCAAACGAGAUCGAAAGGCGAAAGUAGGUUUGGCUCGAAGCGGUAUGUGGUUUCUGACGAACGUAACGGCAGUCUAGUCCUCUGCGAUUCCGAAGGCCAAAAGCUUAAGCGUCACGUAUCACAGACGAAAAAGGUCCAGGAAUGGCGACAGCAGCAAUCAACAGGCGAGCAGGAUCAUAAUCCAGAGCUUCCUCCCGAUGGCGGUCGAGAACAGCGUCCAGCGCGUGAGAAAAGGACCCCCUCCUAUCUCUCCGAUUACAUCCGGGAGCUCGAGCAGAAUCCAAAGUC